UGGACUAUCCAGUAACUGUUUUAUUUGAAGCUAGAAAAAAUUAUUUCAUUUAGGACAAAAGUAAUGAUGAGAAAAUGUCAAAUGAGAAUAUCUUCUUAUCUAUCUAAGAUUUGAGCCAACCACUGAACCAAUUCAAAGCUUGUUUUUUUCAUUGGCAAUUUUUUAAUUUAUUCUUUAUAUAAGGAAAAAGAUGGAUAUGAUUCAGGAGGGAGAUGAAAAUAGUAAAUGUUCAGUUGUUGGUUUAGCAAUUAAGGGUAACAAGAAAAGCAAAUAUGUUGUACAAUGGGCACUUGAUAAAUUUGUUAAUGAAGGAGUGAUUAGUUUCAAGCUUAUACAUGUUCGUGCUGUUAUAAAAGGAGUUCCAACACCAAUGGGAGAUGUGCUUCCUCUUUCACAAGUGAGAAAUGAUGUAGCAACUUCUUUCAAAAGGGAAAUUGAGUGGCAAACAAAUCAUAUGCUUCUACCUUUUAAGAGUUUGUGUGAGCAUAGAAAGGUUCAUGUAGAUGUUGUAGUGAUUGAAUCAGAUGAGGUAGCUACUGCAGUAGCAGAGGAAGUAGCUAAGAAUUCUAUAAACAAACUUGUCCUUGGAGCUUCAUCUCCUGGUCUAUUUAAAAGUAAACACAAGGGUAUGUCUGCAAAAAUAUCAGUAUGCAUUCCAAGAUUUUGUACAGUUUAUGCAGUUUCCAAAGGAAAAUUGUCCAUACGGCCAUCAGACAUGGAGAUUGAUGGAAGCAUUAUAGAUGAUACAAGUGAAACCAGUUUUUCCUCCAGCAGCUCAUCAAACUACACUUCCACCAAUCUUACAGAUUCUAGCUCAGUUGCUUCUUCUGCUGCUUUACAUUCCUCUUCCCUGCCAACACGACAAAUUAAAGCUCUCUCGACUAUAAAUCAUACCUUUCUAAGCACAAGUUCUAGUUUAAAUGAAAUUAAUCAUUAUAGAGGCCAGUCACUAGAUCUUGGGAGAAAACAUGUUGCUUCAAGUUCUUCUAGAAACUCAGAUAUUGACCAUAUUGCAAGUCAAGCGUCUAGUUGCGGAAGCAUUUCAGAUAAUGAAUCUUGGAUUUAUGAUCAAAAUUCUGCAAAGUAUGUCCCUCAAGUAACUAAACUUCCAUCACCAAAUAGAGAGGAAAACUUUAACCUUGAGCUGGAAAAGUUGAGAAUUGAACUAAGACAUGCACAAGGGAUGCAUGCAGUAGCUCAAAGUGAGAACAUUGAUGCAUCACAAAAGCUGAAUGAACUAAACAAGAGAAGAGUAGAAGAAUCCAUGAAAAUGAAGGAGAUUAUUGCUAAGGAAGAGAUGGCAAAGGAGUUAGCAAAUCAAGAAAGAGAGAAAUAUGAAGCUGCAGCAAGAGAAACUGAAUAUUUGAAACAAUGUGCAGGAAGAGAGGCUGCAGAAAGAAGAGAAUCAGAGAUGAAAGCUACUCAUGCUGCCAAAGAGAAAGAAAAGCUUGAGGAUGCUCUGAGUGGUUCAACGCCUCAGUACCGUAUGUUUACGUGGGAGGAAAUAGUUUCAGCUACUUCAUCUUUUUCUGAAGAUCUGAUGAUUGGAAAGGGUGCAUACGGAAUGGUGUAUAAGUGCGCUUUGCAUCACACAACUGUUGCUGUUAAAGUUCUCCACUCUAAUGGAAACCACAAAAGCAAGCAAUUCCAACAAGAGUUAGAGAUAUUGAGCAGAAUUUGCCAUCCAAACCUGCUUCUUCUUCUUGGUGCAUGUCCUGAUCAUGGAUGCCUUGUGUAUGAAUACAUGGAGAAUGGUAACUUAGAGGAUAAACUAUUUCAGAAAAACAGUACAACAUCAAUCCCAUGGUUCGAGAGGUUUCGAAUAGCUUGGGAAAUUGCGUCAGCUCUUUCCUUUCUUCACAGCUCAAAGCCACAACCUAUCAUCCACCGUGACUUGAAACCGGCAAACAUCUUGCUUGGCCGGAACCUUGUCAGCAAGAUUGGUGAUAUUGGUCUUUCUACAAUCCUCAAUUCAGAUGAUUUAUCUACCAUGUAUAAGGACACGGCGCCUGUUGGAACACUAUGCUACAUUGAUCCUGAGUAUCAAAGGAGUGGUUUAAUAUCUCCAAAAUCUGAUGUUUAUGCUUUUGGAUUAGUGGUCUUACAGUUAUUGACAGCAAAACCAGCAAUGGCACUUACAGAUAUGGUUGAAACAGCGAUUGAUAAUGGUAAUUUAGCAGAUAUAUUGGAUCCAAAAGCAGGUUCAUGGCCACUACAAGAGACACUAGACAUAGCUCGGUUAGCAUUGAGUUGUGCGGAGCUUCGGCGUAAGGAUCGACCUGAUUUGAAAGAUCAUGUGUUACCAAUGCUAGAGAGGUUGAAAGAAGUUGCUGAUGGGGCUGCUCAUUCUGCUUCAAUAGUUAAUUUAAAAUCUAGACCUCCUAACCAUUUUAUAUGCCCAAUACUUCAGGAUGUGAUGGAUGAUCCUUGUGUUGCAGCAGACGGAUAUACGUAUGAUCGCAAUGCAAUUGAAAAGUGGCUUGAAGAGAAUGGUAAAUCACCAAUGACAAAUAUGGCUUUACCUCAUAAGAAUCUAAUUCCUAAUUACACACUUCUAUCUGCAAUUUUGGAGUGGAAGUCCUGAUAAAAUAUGAUACUUGCAUUCUACAUUAUCUUUCUCAGUGCUAAUAUUUAGUUAAAUGAUUCUUCUAGUGUAGCUAGACUAACUAAAGAGGUCAACAUGUGAUGGUUACUUGGUUGCAAAUAUUUUUGUGUUCCAAUAUCAACCAUGUUUGUUGUUUUGUUACAUGAGGAAGAGUGAAUUUCAAGUGUAGAUAAAUUUGAUUCUAUUGUAGGAUUCUGUAUGUACUUAGGGGUUAAAUUUGAUCCUCGUAUUAUCAUUGAAGUAUCCAUCAUCUUUUGAUACAUUUGUAUAAUUAUUCUUUGAAUAGUUUGUUUUUAUCACA